AGCUGUCUUGUACUUUGAUAAUUUAGGAAUUAUCAGGCCAGCGGGUACUGCGCAGAAGCUGCAACGGCCGACGUUCCGUUGUAAACGGGCAUUUUUUUGUCGUGUGCACGUCGAUUGAAUGGUGCAUGUUGCCCAUACUCCCGUGGAAAUGCUGGAUGACGGCCGGUUGCCACAUCGCCCUCAACUGGAACUGAGCUUCGCACCACAGCAGUAUGAGAACGUUCUUCUAACCACUCUAUCUACGGGAACGCUCAAAUUUCCUGGGGAAGAGAAUGCCUACACUUUUACUGCAUCUAACCUCAGGGAUUGUGGUAAGAUUGGUAGUGGAAAUUUCGGAUCAGUCUACAAGAUGAUACAUAACGAAAGUGGAAAGGAAAUGGCUGUGAAGAGGAUUCGUUGUAACAACAUCAAUAGUCAAGAACAGGAGAAGAUCAUACGUGAGCAUGAUACUAUCAUGCGGUCGGAGCAGUGCCCAAAUAUAGUAAAAUUUUUUGGCGCCAUUUUGCAUGAGGGAGACUGUUGGAUCUGCAUGGAGCUGAUGGACAUCUCUUUGAAUAUCCUUUAUGAGCGAGUGUAUAACCUUCAUCAUGCGCGAUUCGAAGAGAACGUAAUUGGACACAUUGCAGUAUCUGUGAUAGACGCUCUAGAUUACUUAAAGCGCAAUCUCGAAAUCAUACACAGAGAUGUGAAGCCAUCUAAUAUUCUCGUAAACAGAUGUGGCAUGGUGAAGUUGUGCGACUUCGGUAUCAGCGGUCAACUGAUCGACUCUUUGGCUAAAACCCACGAUGCCGGAUGCCAGCCUUAUCUUGCGCCAGAACGUUUAUCGCAUUAUGGCAAGAAAUAUGACAUUCGCUCCGACAUAUGGUCUCUUGGACUAACACUGUACGAGAUCGCCACUGGAAAAUUUCCGUACCCGUCUUGGAAUUCUGUUUUUGAUCAGUUGAGCGCAGUCGUACAUGGCGAUCCACCUAUGUUGGAUAUGAAUGGACGAUUUUCGUUUUCUCGCAACUUCGUCACGUUUGUCAGCAAAUGCCUAACGAAAGAACGCAAAGAUCGACCAAAAUAUGACAAGCUGAAGGAGGAGGAAUUCUACAAGAUGCAUGCCGUUCCCGGUCCUCUAAUAGAUGCAGCUCGUGAAUUUCUGAAGUUUUACACGUUAGAUUAUCUUGAAAAUUUACAAAAUGGCAUAAUGGAGACCAAAAAUCCAAGCUCCAAAGUCCCAAGUUCUGCUAGGUUUUUAUCAUGUAUAAAAGAGACGCUCAGCUCAUCAGCUCCUGAAACCAGUAUACAGUUCGUUUGCGGCACUAUAUUACUAUUCGAGAAGAACUUUGGGUCGAAAAAUAAAAGUGCCAUGCAAAAAAUCUUAAAAGAAGCUUUGGAGAACUAUGGUCCCGAUUCAUCAUUUUCGAAUCAUGAAGAGAUGCUUCCGAUUUAUAGUAUACUGAGUAAAUAUUUCAAAUUGUCAACAGUUUCCGAUAUUUUUGAAAGAUUGCAUAGGAAAGGAUCGUAUCGUCGUUGUGCUAGAUUUUAUGUCGAAUGGUGUAAAGCAUGCCGUGAUGAUGCAAAAAGACUGGAAAUUCUUGAUUUGGCUUUCCAAGAAAAUGCCGAACCAGCAAAUACACUGCAGUUAGCAAGAGAAGAAUUGCUCACAAACAUGGUUACUCCAUCUUUUUCGGAAAUUUCAAGUCCUGGACACUCUUCAUUACCUGUUAGUGAACAACUUGGAAGAAGGCCACAUGCUGAGAAGUCUGCGAAACGGGCACUAUUUGCUGGAAAUUCGGUCAACACUCCUCUCGAGAAAAAUAAGUCUGUUCCGGAAAAGGAGUGUGCAUCAUCUAGCUAUGAUUUUGUACUACCAGAAUUUGGAACAUCAUCAUAUAGGACAUCAAGUGUAUGCGAUUCUCCACCUCCCAACAAUUUCGAUGUCCCUAUUCAUCGAACAUCCAGCUCGAAUGAAUCCUUGCCUACCCCCGAUCCCAACGCUGAAAAUAUAAACCCAUCUGGAGUAACAGAACCCAUAGUGCGAAGGAAAUUAGCAGGAAUUCUUGUCCCUUCCCUUGACUUCACUCUGGAUGACUACGAUUUUAGCGAUGAUAUUAAUGCAGGCUUGAAAUCCUCCGAAGCGCUAAAAAAGGAGGACAACGAGGCUAAUAUUAGGAACAACAUGCCCAAUGAGGAUACUGAGCAGCCCAGCAUCCUACUAAUAGCGACAAAUGAAAUACUGGUCUGUCGGAAUUCAGGAAUGGUACUACAAAUUACUCACGUACAAUCAAACAGUCUUUUCAUACUGUACUAUUGCUCGCUGUUCAACGAUUGUAAAUUCUGUGCCAGUUUCUUUGUGAAUCAUGAUCUCAGAAGUCUGCGACGCUUCAUAUAUAUACAUCGCGGACAUUUAAUAACGUCUAUUUUGCUUCACCUAUUAUUUCUUGCAAAUAUGCCAAAUUUCAAAGAAGUCAAUGACUGAAGUUUCUUCAUAAGAUUCGAUAAAUUUUUUGAAUUUCUUCUUAACUAGGCCUCGAUCUACUUGCAUUCCUCACUUUACAACUGAAUUGACUCUAGGUGGG